CGGUCAGAACAUUUUAAUUCAGCCUCUUGUUUGCUCGUUGAUUCAGAUGUUCUAGCCUUUGUUCUUGCCCAAACGAGAAACGCCUUCGCCAUGGGUUUUGAUCGUGAUGCCUUAUUGCCCUUCCUCAAAGCAACUUCUACCAUUUCAAUAGGAAUGUUCGCUGGAGGAGCGAUAUAUAUCAACGUGGUCGAACAUCCAUCAAGGAUGACAUUGGACACCAAGACCUGCCAUAAGCAGUGGAAAGAAAGCUUCGAUAGAGCAAGGGUUUUCCAGGGAAGAUUGGCUUUGAUAGGUGCUGUAAGUUCCGUUGGUGCCUACUUUUGCAAGCCUUCCAGUGGCUUGACGUAUCUUCUUGGAGGAUGUACGAUGGCUUUGAUAUUUCCUUAUACACUCUUCAUACUCAAACCAGCUUCAAUCGACCCGAUUUAUGCUGAUUAUGACAAGCUGGUCGCACGAGAAUCGGAAGAAUUCGUUCGCAAUACGAUUGAGAAGUGGAACAAGUACCAUGCUGUGCGAAGCGUUUUAUCGUUGACGGUUUUGGUUGAACUUGUGGCUCAAAUCCUCCACCAAACGCCAUUCUUUUGAACUGAUUGUAGAACUGAAUCAAUGUGUCUUCCAAUUUUUGAUUAAGCUUAUAUUUUUCGUUUUAUUUUUAUGCCUGAAAUACAAGCUUUUUCCCAUGCAUUUCUACAAGAAAAGCUUCAUAUAUAUUAUUUUUUAAAUGUUAAAUUAUUUUUAUCCGAAUUUUUUUUCAAUAUGAAUUUGUCCCAGAUCUACUUAUCAUGUAUGUCAAUCAUAAUUUGAUUUGAAUAAAAUUUGGAACUUUCAAGUCGAGAGUAAA